AUGAAGACCUGCCCUGCAGCUGCAUCAGCGCAGCAGCAGCAGCAGCAGAGGAGCCACAGUUCUGCUGCUGCUGCGCCCGUUGCUGCUGCACCUACUGCUGCUGCUGCUGCUGCGCCCGUUGCUGCUGCACCUGCUGCUGCUGCUGCCGCUUGCAGCAAUUUAGAAGCAGCAGCAGCGGCAACAACAGCAGCAGCAGCAGCAGCACGUCAUGUAGAACCAACGGCGGCAACAGCAGCAGCAACUGCAGCAGCAGAAACAGCAGCAGCAGAAACAGCAGCAGCAAAAACAACAGCAGCAACAACAGGUAGAACUGCGCAAAAUAGAAAGGCAGCAGCAGCAGCAGCGAGUGUUGCAAAACCAGCAGCAGAAGCAGCAGCAGCGAAUGUUGCAAAGCCAGCAGCAGCAGCAGCAAAUGCUGCAAAACCAGCAGCAGCAGCAGCAGCAGCAGCAGCAGCAGCAGCAGCAACUUACAAAACUGCUGCUGCCAAUUUUUCUCCCUUCUUUUUUGAGUUUUCAGAAAUACCGAAAGUUUGCAGCGAGCAAUUUGCGCUGUACAUACAGCCCAAGUCUGCUGCUGCUGCUGCUGCUGCUGCUGCAGCAGCAAGGGGAGCAGCAAAUGCAGCAGCAGGUGCAGCAGCAGCAGGCGCUGCUGCUGCUUCAACAGAUAGGGAGAGGAACUGCUGCGCUGCUGCUGCUUGCAGCAGCCUUUGGGCGGCAGCUCUUGAAUUCUGCUUCAGCCGAGCAGCAGCAGCUGCAGCAGCAGCAGCUGCUGCUGCUGCUGCUGCACCAGCAGCACCUGCAGCAGCAGCAGCAGCUGCUGCUGCAGCAGACGUAGCAGCAGCAGCUGCGGCCGCAGCCAUUGAUGUGAUCGGCAGCAACGCGCUGCAUGCAGCAGCAUCACCUGCUGCUGCUGCACUUGCUGCUACUGCUGCGCCUGCUGCUGCUGCUGCUGCACCUGCUGCUGCUGCUGCUGCUGCUGCUGCUGUGGACGCCGAUUGGGUGUCUUCUUUCUUGUCUCUCUCUUUCCUCCAAAGCAUCGCCAGACACAAACCGGAGCUUCUCUUCAGCGCAGAAUUUGCUGCUGCGCCUGCUGCUGCUGCUGCUGCUGCUGCUGCUGCUGCUGCUGCAGGCGAUGCUGCUGCUGCUGAGGUGGAGGCAGCAGCAGCAGGCUGCUCACAGGAGCAGAAGCAGCAGGAGCGACAGCAGCAGCUGUGCCCGCAAGAAGACGCAGCAGCACCAAGAGCAGCAGCAGCAGGUGCAGCAGAACCAGCAGCAGCAGGACAAGCGGCAACAAUCAGCAGCAGCUUGCAGCAGCAGCAGCUGCUGCUGCAGUUUGUGCUGCUGCAGUUGCAGUCGCUCCGCAGCAGCAGCAGCAGGGCAGGAAUGCGAACUGUAGCUGCGCUUUGCCGAGGCCUGCUGGUUCUAUACCAGCAGCAGCAGCAGCAACAGCAGCAGCAGCAGCAGCAACAGCAGCAGCAGCAGCAACAGCAGCAGCAGCAGCAGCAGCAAAUUUGUGCUUGCCUAGCUUUGAUGCUGCACUAUUUCGUUCCGCCUUUGCUGCUGAGAGCAGCAGCAGAGAAACGCUUUCUUGCUGCUGAGGCUGACGAAGCAAUUAAACAAUUGGCGCACUUGGCUGCUGCUGCUGCUGCUGCUGCUGCUGCUGCUGCUGCUGCUGCUGUGCCUGUGAUUCUUGAGUUUGCUGCUUUUCGCGUGUCUGUUGCUGCUGCAGCUGUUGCUGUGCCUUGGCUGAUCCCGCUGCUGCUGCAGCUGCUGCAGCGGCAGCUGCUAGCUGCUCGCACAGCAGCACCUGCAGCAAAGCUGCUGCUGCAGCUGCUGCAGCUCUCACUGGCACGACAGCAGCAGCAGCAGCAGCAAGUGCUGCAGCCGCAGCAGCAGCAAGAACACGAGCCACAGAAGAGAGCUGACGAGGAUGCUUCUGUUGCUGCUGCUGCUGCUGCCUCUGAGGGCUGCUCAAAGCAGCAGCAGCAGCAGCAGCAGCAGCAGCAGCAGUUUUUGCUGCAGCAAGUUGUGCGUCCCUGUUUGCUGCUGCUGGCCCCUCUCUCAAGGGCGCCGCAGCAGGAAGUGAGAGAAGCCGUGAGAGCAGCAGCAGCAGCAGCAUGCAGCUAUCCGUGGCAGCUCAGCAGCAGCAGCAGCAACAGCAACAGCAACAAAUGCAGCAGCAGCAGCAGCAGCAGCAGUUUUGAAGAAGAAGCAGCAGCCAAUGCUGCAUGCGGAGAUGCUGCUGCUGCUGCUGCUGCUGUGCAAGCAGCUGAAGAUCCACCUCGUCUUGCUUUGCUGCUGUCGCAGUUUGCCGAGGCAGCAGCAACAGCAGCAACAGCAGCAACAGCAGCAGCAGCAACACCAGCAGCAGCAGCAGCAGCUAAUGCUGCUACCGGAGCUGGCGGAUGUGCAGCAGCAGGUGGCGCUGCUGCUGCUGCUGCUGCUGCUGCUCAGCAGCUGCUGCGUGAAGCAUGGAGGGCCGCCCAAGGAAGACCCCAGAAGCCACUUAAAAGUGCUGCUGCUGCUGCUGCUGCUGCUGCAGCUGCUGCUGCUGCAGGGGGUGCAGCGAGUCGAGCCUUGUUGCACCCGAAGAGCCAAAGGCGCUCGCUUGCUGGGCAGCAACAGCAGCAGCAGCAGCAGCAACUGCAGCAGAGGCAGCAACGGCAGCAGCAGCAACAGCAGCAGCAAAGAGAGGUCAGCAAGCAGUCAGAUUCGUGUGGGGCUCAAACUGCAGCAACAGCAACAGCAGCAGCAGCACCGGCACCAGCUGCAGCAGCAACAACAGCUGCAGCGGUAACAGCUGCUGCUGCAGCAGCAACUGCAGUAGCAGCCACUGCAGCAGCAGCCACUGCAGCAGCAGCAACUGCAGCAGCAACUGCAGCAGCAAUUACACGAGGGACAAGAGCACCAGCUGCUGCCGCCGAAGCAGCAAAGAGAGACGACGCAGCAGCAGAGGAGAGAGAAGCAGCAGCACCGCCUCUAGGAGCUCUGAAGCAGCAGCAGCAGCAGCAGCAGCAACAGCAGCAGCAGCAGCAGCAGCAGCAGAAAAGGCCCUGCAAUCCUGUAGUUGUUUGCUGCCUUCAUGAAAACAAACGCCUUAAACAAAACGCAGUCAGCGAGCCCACUCUUCAAGCAGCAAGUCCAUGA